CAGCUAAAUGCUUCAAUCACGGCCAAUUGCCGCCCCUAUGAGCCAAGUUUGAUUACAUCCUCUUUGAUAAAAGUAAUGACAUUUUGUUUAAUUUUUUGAUCACCUGGGUUAAAAUGUUGAUAAUAAGACUCAUAUUUUAUCGAACAAGUUGAUAAAAUCCAGUCACAUUUUGCCAUCAAACGCAAUGCCUCUAAUGGUAUGUAUGUUACCUUUUGCAUUUAUUCAAUUUUUGCAUUAAAGGAAGAAAUUUACCAUUUAAUCAUAUCAAAUUAUUCACCCAAGUCAGGUGAUGAUGGUUUUUAGUUUUCUUCCCAGAAGUAUUUCAAGUUGGAAAGAGCUGUGAUUGCCUGCAUUUUUAUGGACCAUCAUUAAUUUUAAGCAAUACCGAAUAUGGUAACAGCAGCAACACAUACAAACUUCUGUAUAAGAAAUGACAAUUGGAGCACCUUUUUGCAUUGUGGAGAAACCAAAAAACUGGAUUCCACUCGAUUUGCCUCGCCCUUAAUAAGAACAGAGAAAUAUCUAAUUCUUCUCUUACCACAACUCUGUUCUAUCAUCUUUUGGAGCAGAACAUUGUUGAAUAAGACGAUGAAGAAGCAAUUUUUCAGCCCAAUUUUCAUAUUGCUUCUGCUUCUGCUUUUGAUCCAUGAACAUGGAAAACAUGGACAGAUUUUAGCACAAGAUGACUACAUUAAAAUUGCGGGUGGACAGUUCAUCUUAGGUGGAUCCUCGUUUUAUAUAAAUGGAUUCAAUGCUUACUGGUUCAUGAUUUUUGGCUCUGAUCCAUCUCGGAAAGACAAGGUUUCUACUGCCUUUAAAGAAGCAAUAGAUCAUGGCCUUACUGUAGCACGAAUUUGGGCUUUCAGUGAUGGAGGAGGAACUGAAGCUUUGCAGUAUUCCCCUGGCUCUUACAAUGAAAAUAUUUUUCAAGGAUUGGAUUUUGUUAUAUCUGAAGCAAAAAAAUAUGGAGUAAGGCUGAUAUUGAGUUUAGUGAACAAUCACAAUGAUUUUGGAGGAAAAAAACAGUAUGUAGAAUGGGGAAGAAGUAAAGGGCAGUCUCUGGCAUCUGAUGAUGAUUUCUUCAGAAAUGAAGUUGUCAAAGGGCUGUACAAAAACCACAUCAAGGCUGUUCUUACAAGAAAAAACACCAUUUCUGGAGUUAUUUACAAGGAUGAUCCAACCAUUAUGGCUUGGGAGCUUAUGAAUGAACCAAGAACCCCCACAGACCUUUCCGGAAAAACCAUUCAGGAUUGGAUUUCAGAGAUGGCUUCUUACUUGAAAUCAAUUGACAGCAAGCACUUACUAGAAGUUGGACUCGAGGGGUUCUAUGGUUCAGAUCCUAAGAAGAGAUCUAUUAAUCCAAAUUCCCAAUUGAUUGGAACAGAUUUCAUAGCAAACAAUCAAGUAGCUGACAUUGAUUUUGCCACAGUUCAUUCCUACCCAGAUGCAUGGUUAUCAGGCCAAAGUGAUGCAGCCCAGCUUACUUUCCUAAAAAACUGGGUAAACGCUCAUAUACAAGAUGCACAGAACAUUCUUCGGAAGCCGGUUCUUUUCGCCGAGUUCGGGAAAUCGACAAAAGACCCUGGAUUUAGCGUGAGUCAGAGAGAUGCAGUGUUUGAUGUGGUGUACUCUGCGGUGUUUUCAUCGGCUGUAAGCGGAGGUGCGGCGGCAGGCGGUUUGUAUUGGCAAUUUCUGACGGAAGGAAUGGACUCUAAUCGUGAUGGCUAUGAAGUCAUUUUUAGUGAAGGGGAUUCAACCGCAAACUUAAUUACUCAACAAUCACAAAAGCUAAGCAAGACUAGAAAAUUGUAUUACAAGGUUUAAGUUCUAGAGAGAUUUUUUUGUAGUAUGCUAAUUGUUUGUUCGGUUCUACUCCUUCCCACCCUUAAUAAGUCAACAUCUCUGGAAAGAAAGUUGUAUUGGCCAUAUACAACUUCCAUUCAACUUCUAGUUUCACUGAGCAAGCAAUUGUAGUCUAUUGAUUCAGAUUGAAUGAGUAUUAAUCUAUGUAUAAUAUGAAUCGGCUUAGGAUAUUAAAUAAUCCCUUUUACCCUAUUAAAGCAAAAUAC